CAAAAGUGAAGUUGUUUUCGCUAGAUAUUGAGAGCAUCACAAAUUUUAUUUUGAUUGCAAAUUAAAAUAGAAAUAGUUAAGAUACAUAAUACCUGUUCAGUAUUUUAGCAAGGCAGUGUGUUUAUGUUAUAUGUGUAUUAAAUACUCGUUACAAGUGGAGCUCAUAAAGAAGUUGCUCGCCAUGGCCGGCCCGUCCGACGGCGACCCCGACGGAUGGGUCGAGCUCUGCGAGCGUCAGGCCAAAACCGCUGCUCAGGACUUCGCCAAGGCGUGCUUACAGUACAUACAGGCCAACGCUAGUGACCCAGCAGUCCGGCCGGUCUCACAAAAAGAGCUCCUUAAGAAAUUUGUCGAACAUUUUUCGGAACAUUUCGAUUUCGAGUUCGGUAAACUAAAAGCUCAGCACAAGUUACCAAACGGCACGCACACUGGUCACGAUGAAAGCGAUUAUUCCGAAGACACUGACUCGCCCAAAACUCAACACAAACCCUUCUUUAGAAGGUUAUCUUUCAAAGGUUUACGUCGCGGCAAGGGCUUGUUCCAUAAACAACAUGCGGAAGAUGCGGACCUGUCAAAUCUAAAUAAACAUAAAACAAAGUUAGCAAAAAUUGUUGUUGAAUGUCGGAAGGAAGGACUUGUAAAUUACUUGACGCCCGAGAGCCUGGAGCAACCGAGUGGUCCACAGAAAUGGGAGAGAUGUAGGCUGGCUUUAGUGAAAACUGUUGGUGGUUACAUGUUAGAGUUUUAUUCACCUCCGAAAGCUCAAAAACCUCGCAGUGGUGUGUUUUGUUUCCUUAUAUCAGAAGCACGAGAAACUACUGCAUUAGAAAUGCCAGACCAUGAAAACACAUUUGUGUUGAAGGCAGACAACAAUAUGGAGUAUGUAAUAGAAGCAGCAGAUGUUGAUGACAUGAAGUCAUGGUUGGCCACGAUAAAAUACUGUAUGCGGUCGCCACCCACCACACAACCACCUCCUGACACUUUGGCAGGCUUGUCAGAACCUGCACCACCCGACCUGCCUCCUCGAAGGGACCUGCCACCCAGUACUAGCAAUGCAGACUUAACAACUGACACACCAGAUGAGGCUGAAUUAGGUUCAAUAGCGGAGGAAGCGUGCGAGUCGUCGCCGCGGCUGUCGCUGGCGGAGUGGCCGUGGUUCCACGGCACGCUGGCGCGCGCGGCGGCCGCGGCCUGCGUGCUGGCGGGCGGCGCCAACGCGCACGGUUGCUACCUGGUGCGCCAGAGCGAGACGAGGCGGGGGGAAUAUGUGCUCACCUUCAAUUUUCAGGGGCGCGCGAAGCACCUGCGCAUGACGCUGAGCGAGGCGGGGCAGUGCCGCGUGCAGCACCUGUGGUUCCCCAACGUGCACGACAUGCUGGAGCACUUCCGCGCGCACCCCAUCCCGCUGGAGUCGGGCGGCGCCGCCGACGUCACGCUCACCGAGUACGUGGUGUGCCACGACGCCGCGCGCCCGCAAUUGGGUGUUUCCCACGGGAGCGACGUGCGCAUGCGCCUCGCGGAGCUAGAGGCGCUGCUAGUGGCCAGCGGGGCGCACCACGACAUACGCGCAGUCGACAACCAGUACGUGCUGUGCAAUAUGCGGCCAUCCACCACUGAGCGUGGGGCGUAAACUGUUUAAAUCCACAUGUAAGUUUUAAGUUUGAACAUAAGGCCUUGUCCAGAUAUGUAUAACUAGAGGAUGCCCG